UUAUAAUAUAAAGACCUGGAUUCGCCUCAAAUUUUGCUAUUCGCAAAAAAUCACGGGGACUAAUUACUGACUUUAUUAUAAUGUUUGUAUACAAAGAUUUGAAUCACCCUUGCCAUUCAAAAAUGGUGAAUAUAGAAAAACAUCAAGCUGUCUAUAAGAAAUCGAAUAAUAUAAGUGAAAAUAAUAAGCCAAUUUGUGUAUUAUCAAGUGACUAUCAGCCUGAAGAACACAGAAUUAGAAAUUUGGAAGUUUAUGAAGAUGAUAUAUGGAUUGUGACGUAUCCAAGAAGUGGUACAACAUGGACCCAAGAAUUAGUAUGGUUGAUCAACAAUAAUUUGGAUUAUGAAACCGCUAAAAAUAAAAUUCUUAAAGAAAGAUAUUCAUUCAUGGAAUAUUCCACCCUUGGCAAAAAACAACAAGCCGUUAACACUGUAGAUGUCACAAUAAACUUGAAACGACCCAGGCAUAUUAAAACACAUUUACCUGCAAAAUUAUUGCCAGAUCAAAUAUGGGCAAAAAAUCCAAAGAUAGUUUAUGUAACUCGAGAUACAAAAUCCGUGGUCGUAUCAUAUUAUCAUCAUUGCAAAGUUUUUGCUGGAUAUCAAGGAACACUUGACGAAUUUGUGGACUGUUUCUUAAAAGACGAAAUACUUUGGUCGCCUUUCUGGGACCAUACACUAGAUUUUUGGAAACUGAAAGAUAAACCUAAUGUACUAUUUUUGAGAUAUGAAGACAUUAAAUUGGACAUGUUAAAUGUUUUGAAAAAAGUUUCUGAGUUUUUAAAUAAAAGUUACAGCAUUGAGCAAUUGCGUGCUCUUGCUGAUCAUUUGGACUUCGACAAUAUGAAAAAAAAUACAUCCUGCAAUAAUACAUCAUUUACUAUUGAACGAUUGAGUGAGAGAGGUGAAAAGCUUUCAUCAAAUACAGCAUUCAUCCGAAAAGGAAAAGUUGAUGGAUGGAAAGAUGAAUUAAAUCAAACAUUGGCAGAUAAAAUCGAUGCUUGGUCAAGAGAAAAAAUAUCUGGAACAGGGUUCAACUUGUAUGAAAACAAGAAUUGACUAGGAGGGAAAUAAAAUUUUAUAUAUUUUUAUUUCACAUUUAAAUAGAUCUACAGAUAUUUAGACGAAUAUUGAAAUAUUCAAAUACUGAGAUAAUUUAAAUUUACUCAUUGUGUUACAGCAUUCGAAUGAAGAACAGAAUCUUUAAUUUUUAGAUAGAGUAUUUUUUUAAUAAAA